AGGCGCAGUCCCCAGCCGGCAUGAUCAGCGAGGUGGAGGUGCUCAGGGCGCUGAAGUUUCUAUUUGAGCACCACAAGGCCCUGGACGAGAAGUUGAGACAGCAGGCCCACGUGCCGGCCACCGUGGCCCAGGCCUUCGAAAGAGACGAAGGCGUGUCUAACGGCGAGGGCGACGGGGUCACCCUCCUCAGCUCGGCUGCUCAGCUGCCGCCCAGCGGGCAGAUGCUUCAGGAGCAGCUGGACACCAUCAAUGAAGAGAUCCGGUGGAUCCAAGAAGAGAAGGAGACCACGGAGCAGCGGGCCAAGGAGACUGAGAGCAGGGUGGGCAAGGCGAGCUCAGGCAGCCUUCGUCGUUUUAAAUCAGUGAGCUCCCUCGACCUGUAUUUUGCCUCCUCGCUUGCCAGCUCCUGCCCGCCCAGCAGUGUGCCCGCCACGCCCCGAAUGAGGCGUCGAAGGCCAGCGCGGAACAUAGACCGGCUGGGCACCAUGCCUCUGAUGCCAGCUCUAUGGGAAGAGGUGCAAAAUGACAAGACAACCAUCACUUCUGAAACCUCGAGCCCUGCCUCGCCUGAGUCCCUUCGGCUGGAGCAGCUGCACACAGGGACGCUUCGCGCGGCCAGCCCCGAGGACGUCAGGGACGCCCGCAACUCGACGGACUCUCAGGACGGCCCCGGGGGCAACCCCAGCAGCAGCAGCAGCCAGGACUCCAUGGACAAAGCCCCAAAGAAGAACGGCAUCAGGUCCUCCAUCGGCCGCUUCUUUGGCAAGAAGGAAAGGGGUCGGCCUGGACACCCCGGAGCGGAGGAGGCGUCUGUCUUCUCGGUGGGUCCGAGAUGA